AUGCCUCCGUCGGCUAAUAUCAUCAAGGGGAACGGCUUGGUCAUGUGUGGAGUUUGCGAGGCUGUCCGCUCCGUACUUCUGGAGAGUCCGAACCAGGUGAGCAUUGGCACUUGUGGCUGGAUCUCCUCCCUGGGCAUGCUCUCCGUUAGGGCGCCUACGAAGGCGCUCAAGACGGCGCUGCGGCUCACCUGGACUGGUAGAGCCACGCCCCAGCUGAUUUUUCCUUGCGACUACGUCCUCAGCGACCUGUUCCCUGGUCUGGUUCCAUACCAAGAUGACGGAGUAUGGCGUCCGAAGCAGGCAGUCGAUUUCAAUCUGAAUUACUCCAGCACUUGCGGGGGCAACCCAGCAGAUUGCCUGGCAGCGUAUGGCAACCCUUUGAACCCCUUCGGCUUGGCGGGGAUGUGGAUCCAGUCGUUGAUUAGUGGGUAA